UGACAUACCAUUAAGUAUUGCGUACUACAGUUACAGUAUUUAAAAAUAUUAUAGUUCUGUAAACAUUUUUUUUACUCCAAGGGCUAUGGAUAGAUUCUUAAGUAUCGAUUGGAAUCCUCCAUUGGAAGACCUGAUAGACAAUACUUUUAUUAGUGAAAAAAGGUUGGAGAAAGAGAGUGUUAUGCAUAGAAUUAUAACGGGGAAUUUUAUUGACCCUUUUAAAAAUAUUGAAAAUGACUACAAAAAGAUUAGAACUGACUUAAUGGAAGACAUAGAAAUAGAUUUAAAUGAACAAGAUAAAAACGAUAAUGUUGUGACUAUUGAAAGCAACAAGGAAAUUGAAACGAAUGAAACAAAAAAGAAUAUGUUUUAUGUGCCUGGUAUUAUUAAACCAAUAUUUAAAUUUCCUAAAAAGUCUAACCUAAGUAAAGAAGAACAAGCAAUGUGUUUACGAGUUUUAUUAAGAUUUUCAGAAUCAGAUAAACCAAAACUGACUCUCAAGGAUCUACAAAAAACAAUAUCUCAGGAACAAGAUGAAUUUUUAGACUUUGCUAAAAGCAAGUGGCGUGAAAGGUUAUUGACACUUACAUGUGAAGAUUACAUGAAUUUGUGUUGGAAAUCAAAAAUACAAUAUAUACAUAAACUUCCUAGGUAUUAUGCUGAAGUCACAAAUGUACCAUUUGUAACAGAUAAGAAUAUUGAAGUCAAAUUUGUUUCUGUUUGUUUACAAAUGGGUCAGUUGCCAGAAGUUAAAUUACCAACUUUGACCAGUCCAUGUAUGUUACGUAUAACGUCUAAACAACUAGAAAAAAGGUUUUCUAAUAAAAACUAUGUGCCAAAUAAAUCACCAAUGUGUUAUAAAUUACCAGUAAGUGAAGAUGCAAAUUGUCAGAGAUUGGCUGAAAGUAAUAAUGUGGAUUUAGUAAUUUCAUCCAGUGGUCUUAAUUGUUUAGUAAAUAAUAUUGGACCCACUUAUUCGAAUUCAUGGGUUCUACCACUAGUUAUAAGGAGACACAAUGAUAAAAAUGUUAUCUAUAUAGAUAAACCAGGACCACCACCAGCAAACACUGUAUCAAAAAAAAAUACUUGGGUAUAUAAAUAUAUUCUUAAAUACUCCUUUAUUGACGCAAAACAUCCUUCUUUAAACAGUAAUAGAACGUAUGAUGACAAUGUAUUUGGAGACAUCAAUUCUGAGAAACUCUUAAAACUAGAAGAAGAACAUGGUAGUGCUUCACCAUACAUUGAUGAUAACUCACAUUUAAAUGUGUUAAGAAUAAAUGAAAGCACUGAAAAAUUCUUAAAACAACGAGAUGUAGAAAUCGAUCCAAGUAUUUCCGAAGGUGUAAAGUCCAGUAGUCAACCAUCUGUAAAUGAUAUUCCACAGUCCAAUAUUUCUAAUUUUACAAUAAACACUACAGAAAAUAAUGUAUUUUCUGAAUUAGGUGUACAAAAUAGUUCUAAAAUGACUACAGAAAGCAACGUAUCGUAUAAGCUGUUUACUAUUGGACCACAAAAUUCAGAAAAAAAUGAACUAAUGAAAAAUGUUAUUAAAAAGUACAAAAUGUUGGUUAGAUCAAAAACAGAUGGAGUUGAGAUUUUACCAAAUAAUGUGCAAAAAUUGUUACUACUGGCGCCAAAAUUGGAACAUCAACCUGAUCUUGGUGCUGAAGCUGUAACAUUAGAAGAAUCGUUAAGACAAUGGAUAUCUCUGAUAUUUAGACCCCUCACAUUUCUUGCACGAGUGCGAAUAUCGGUGGGAACCUCAGAAGUAUUGCAAAUAGAACAACGUACAGCGGUAUCUAUAAAUAACGAAAUUAAACGGCUUUAUAAUGUAAAAGCUGAAAAUUCUUUAACAGUUCUACAUAAUGUUAUUCAAUGUGUUGCCAAUUUAUCUCCAGGACGUUAUAUCAUGAGACACACAGUAAGACAUGGACCAUUUGCAGUUGUUUACAAAGAAGUUGAAAGCCCUGGGAAGAAUAUUUUUGACUUGCAUACAGUUUACAGUGACGAGUUCCUUACUUUACCUAAUCCACCUUGGAUUCCUCUAGAUAAAAUAGUGCCAACUCCAAUGCUUAAAAUCUUCGAAAGAAUGCCGGCCAUGUUUUAUCCAUUAAAUGAAAAACCGAACUGUUCGAAGAAGUUUAAGAAAUAA